UCCGUUCGAUCGGAUGUGCUUGCUUACUACAGAAACGGUAGCCAAGCACGAAAUUGGCGGUACUAGGUGCCCUUAGGUGCCUCGAAAUCAACCAGAGUACUAUGUACUGCAACUUUGCGUCGCAGGCCACCUUUCCAUGAACCAGCAUAUCGGUAGUGAGAUAACGACAGCGAUGCGACACCAAGUUGUCGCCUCAUGUCGUUAUGCACCACAUGGCGGGAAAGGGGAACUAAUGGUAGUCACCAAUUUGCUGGCAUACUCGAGCAACCUAUAAAAUUGUUCGGCCUGCAUGCUUCACUCUCAGUUUGAUUCAUCAUGUUAUUUUCCUCUUUCCUCCUCUUGUUGGUUCCUCUCGUCUCCAGUUUGUCCCACACGCCUAGCAUUGGUACACUCCGCAUGCACAAGGUGAAUGCGAGAUCCGUCGACACCACAGCUAUCUCCGGGCGAUACCAGUCUGUCAAUGUGGGACAGUACUCACUGCUCAAUAACCUCUGGGGCGAGCUUGAUGCUACCUCGGGCGCCCAAACCUCUCAGAUCACGUCACUGACCGGUAAUACUAUUGCAUGGAAGACACAAUGGACUUGGAAUGGCGCAGGCAAACAAGUCAAGAGCUACUCCAACAUCCAGCUCAAUACUGGCAUCAAUCAACAAUUGAGCGCUAUCUCCACCAUGCCUACUGCCUGGAAGUGGAAACAGUCGGCCAACGGGACAGUCGUAGCUGAUGUCGCCUAUGACCUGUUCACAUCUGGCACAGCUGGCGGUUCAAACGUAAACGAAAUCAUGAUCUGGCUUGCAAACAUCAAUGCUGGACCAAUCUCCGCGCACUACGACGCCGAGGGUAACGCUGUCCCUAUCGUGACAAACGUUUCGCUCCAAGGCCAUACCUGGAACUUGUACUCUGGAUCCAACGGAGUCAACCAAGUUUACUCGUAUGUCCUGACCAAUGGCACCGUCAAAUCGUUCAAAGGCGACGUUUACCCAUUCCUUUCUUACCUGAUUGACAAUGAGGGAAUGGACCCAUCGCAGUAUCUCACCUGUGCUCAGGCAGGCACAGAGGCUUUCACUGGAACGGCUACAUUCACUACAUCUGCCUACAGCCUGGCCAUUAACUGAAAUUAUUUCGUGUGCCCGUUGUACGGGUUCGAUACACAUGGUUUAAGGAUAAUAUUCCUCUACGGCCGGACCGCCAUUGAAAAAACACUAAUAUGUGUUGCGAGUGUAGGAGCUUCUCCUCUUACGCUCGGUGUGUCAUCGGAGACAUCCCCUUUAUUCUUCUGGUUCCAUCAAUUCCACCCCACUGUCUUAUUUCG